CCCCUCGCUUGGCAAUAGCCUCAGAUCGAGGAGGAGGAGGAGCGUUUGCUUCCGGCCGGUUCAAUAAUUGACCGUCGGAGUACUCCUACUUGAAGUCGCCGCCGCCGUCGUAUCUAGCUAGCUUGGCAAGAUGUCGGCGUCGGGGGUGCCGCUGGCGUACCAGGGCUCGGCGUCGGCGCCGGAGUGGCUGAACAAGGGCGACAACGCGUGGCAGCUGACGGCGGCGACGCUGGUGGGUCUGCAGAGCUUCCCGGGUCUGGUGGUGCUCUACGGCGGCGUGGUGAAGAAGAAGUGGGCCGUCAACUCGGCCUUCAUGGCGCUCUACGCCUUCGCCGCCGUCUGGAUCUGCUGGGUCACCUGGGCCUACAACAUGUCGUUCGGCGACAAGCUGAUCCCCAUCUGGGGCAAGGCCCGCCCCGCGCUGAACCAGGGCUUCCUCAUCGGCCAGGCCGACCUGCCGGCCACGGGGCACUACCACGCCGACGGGAGCCCCGAGACGGCCGCGGUGGAGCCCCUGUACCCGAUGGCCACCGUCGUCUACUUCCAGUGCGUGUUCGCCGCCAUCACGCUGAUCCUGAUCGCCGGGUCGCUGCUGGGGCGGAUGAGCUUCCUGGCGUGGAUGAUCUUCGUGCCGCUCUGGCUCACCUUCUCCUACACCAUCGGCGCCUUCUCCGUCUGGGGCGGCGGCUUCCUCUUCCAGUGGGGCGUCAUCGACUACUGCGGCGGCUACGUCAUCCACCUCUCCGCCGGGUUCGCCGGCUUCACCGCCGCCUACUGGGUGGGCCCUCGUGCGCAGAAGGACCGCGAGAGAUUCCCGCCCAACAACAUCCUGUUCACGCUCACCGGCGCCGGGCUGCUGUGGAUGGGGUGGGCCGGGUUCAACGGCGGCGGGCCCUACGCCGCCAACACGGUGGCGUCCAUGUCGGUGGUGAACACCAACAUCUGCACGGCCAUGAGCCUCAUCGUCUGGACCUGCCUCGACGUCGUCUUCUUCGGCAAGCCCUCCGUCAUCGGCGCCGUCCAGGGCAUGAUCACCGGCCUCGUCUGCAUCACGCCCGGCGCAGGUGUGGUGCAGGGCUGGGCGGCGCUGGUGAUGGGGGUGCUCGCCGGCAGCAUCCCGUGGUACACCAUGAUGAUCCUGCACAAGCGCUCCCGGUUCCUGAAGCGCGUGGACGACACCCUGGGCGUCAUCCACACGCACGGCGUGGCGGGGCUCCUCGGCGGCCUCCUCACGGGCCUCCUCGCGGACCCCACCCUGUGCAACCUCUUCCUGCCCGUGACCAACUCCCGGGGCGCCUUCUACGGCGGCGUCGGCGGCGCGCAGUUCGGGAAGCAGCUCGCCGGCGCGCUCUUCGUCAUCGGCUGGAACGUGGCCGUCACCUCCAUAAUCUGCGUCGCCAUCAACGCCGUCGUCCCGCUGCGCAUGCCCGAGGAGAAGCUCGAGGUCGGCGACGACGCGGUGCACGGCGAGGAGGCAUACGCGCUCUGGGGCGACGGCGAGGUCUACGACAGCACCAAGCACGGCGCCGACGAGACCGAGCACGGCGGCCGCGCCGCCGUCGCGCCCGUAACGAUGACCCCCAACUGAUGAUGCAAGUUUGCCCGCGCAAUGCAUGUAUAUUGCUCCGCCGAUCGUGUUAACCGCCGAUAGUGAUACUAGGCUUCAUGUUUUGGUCUUCUGAAUCUGUAAUCGUCAGCUGUGUAAAACACGUUCUGUUUUCUUCUUCAUACAGAUCAAAGACAUGUAAAUUUACAAGCAUGCAUGUAAUGGUUUGUCCAUAAUAA